CUCUACUACUCUUUCUCUUUGUUGAUGUGACUGAUAAAAUAGGGCAGCAGGGAGGGAAGGAAGUUUGAUAAGGAUAAUUGUGAUAAUAUUAUUACGUAUUAUUUUAACUUGUUCGCUUUGUUUAAUUGUAACAAAUUUGGACAUUUCGAAUUAAAUGGCUCCAAUUCAAAGUGAAGGCUUGAAGAAUUCCAAAUUGACAGUCAAACGUCUCUGGAGCAAACUAGUGAAACCUAAAGAAAAGAUUAAAAUAGAUAAACCCGAUGAUGACCUGGUACUGGAUUCUGUGCCUGAUUAUGCCUGUAAUGACAAAACCGAAAAGGAGACUGAUGAAAACUCCUCUACUCGGAGUGAAACUAGUAAAAGUGAACAAACAAUUCCUGAUACUGAUGGAGGAUUCACAAAAGAUGAAGAAAUCCCACAAGAAGGGGAAGAAGAAAAAAUACAAGAACCAAGGAGGACAAGACAAAAGAAGCCCAAAAAUUCAGAUUCCCCAACACAGAUAGUCUACAAUAUGAAUGUUUCUAAUGGUAAAGUCCACAUCGGAGAUGAAAUUGUUCAAACAUACAAUAUUCAACAAAACUACAAUGCCAGGAUUCCCAAAAAGGAGGAAAAGUCAUCAGAGAAGAAAAAGGUUAUCAAAACUUCGCAGGUGGAAGCUGUACUUCAAUCGAACGUAACUUUGGAGUCUGCCCACAUAGCAUAUUUGUCAAACCAUUUUGGAAAGAAAUGGAGAGACAUUGGAAAACCCCUGGAGUUUUCAAAUGGUGACCUGGACAUCAUUGAAAACAAAUGUGAAAAUGAUGUAAAAAAGAUGUCAUUUGAAAUGCUGAACAUAUGGAUGAUGAGGUCUGGAGACCAAGCAACUGUGGGGAGAUUGUGUACGAAGUUGUGGAACACGAAGCUCAUAAAUGCCAGAGAAGCUGUGAAGUUGUUGGCUGACAACUUCUCCGACUUCAACUGAACACCGCAUGAGAUGAUAUCUGACUCUAACAGAUAAGGUAUUAGGCUUAGUGGCGUAUUCAAACUGUUUGAAAAAAAAAACAUGUUUGAAGCAAAUUUUAGAACUCUGAAAGAAAUUAAUUGAUAAAGGGACAAAUUUAUUUUAUAGGCCAAUUGACAAAAGGCUUUUGAUUGAAUUGUUUUUGGAAGGGUAAAAUUUUGCCUCUUAGGCUAAGACCACACGGGCGUUUUUCACGCAAGAACGCAGCGUGAAAAACGCAAGAAAUAUGGGCAGCAUUAAAUGUAAUGAUGUAUGCCACACGGAGUGUGUUUUCACGCAGAUUUGGCGCGUCUUUAAAAUCGACCGCUGCGGGCCCGCAGAAGAAUGGACUGGGGUGUAUUUUUGAAGCUUGUUUUCAAGCUCUGUCCCUGGCCACACGGGCAGGAGCAACACGCAGCUUUGAUCAAGUCGUCCUAGCAAGUUAAAAUAAAUAUAAAUGUAUCUAAUUUUGUCCAGGAUAACAUAAAAUAUUUUUGGGUCUAGCCAAUUACACAGUAGACCUACACGUUUUAUCUUAAACAAAGGUCGACCUUACUGGACCACUUAAUAAUUUGUUACUAAGGAAAGGCAUUUAGUUGGACUAAAAAAUUUAAAGAGACAUUUAUGUAUUAGAAUAUUCAAAGAUCCGAUAAAAAUCUUGUCAUCAAAAUAAUUAACUUAUAUUAUACUUAUUUUUUUAUACUAAAUGUCAAAAAAAAAUAAUUUUAGUGUUGUUCUCGUAUCAAAACUAAUAUAUUAUAUUUAUUCCUAUACUAAAUGUAAAUAUUUAAAUGACAGGUUAACAAAAUAAAAUAAUUUUAGUAUUGUUUUUGUAUUGAAAUCAAUAUACCAUUCAUAUUUCUUGUUCACUAGUCAGAAACAAGGUUACUAUUCUGGCCAUGAGGAAGACAUAUAACAUAAUUACGUGAAUUCGUCAAUCAACUGCGGGUUCCCACUGCAUUUUGCCGCUCCUGGACUUCAACCGGUUUGAGAAUAAGCUACAUUUUACUGUGUGAAAAAACCGCACGUGUGGCAUACAACAGUGGGAAUUCAAGCAGCGUAAAAAUAAGCUACAUUUUACCGCGUGAAAAAACGCCCGUGUGGCCGUGGCCUUAAAAGAAGUGAUUUACUCAAAAUAGAAACUAGUAAAAAGAAACAGAACUUUGAAGGAACUUUUGUACAGAAAGUAUUCUGAUUAAGUAUCAACAAGGAAAAAUUGACCUAUAUUACCAUUCCAAAAUAAUACUUAGCAUUUAAUUACUUGUUUUCAGUUAACCUAUUUUGUAAGUGGAAUAAAUAUAGUGCGUUAUAGCAUUUAAACUUUUAAAAAUAAACAUAAGUGUAAGUGUUAUCUGUGAUUUCUUUAAGUAGAUGUUCUAGUUAAAUCUUAGUGCCUUAAAGAAGUGAAAAUAAUGGUGCCUUGGAAUAAAGAUUUAACAGUAGUACAUUCUGUCUCUUUACAUACUUAUACUUGGGUAUUUUAGUGUUUUAAUGUGUAUUUUACUGUAGAAUUUCUUCCAACAAGCAUUUUCUAGCCUUAGGUAAUUUUUUCAUGUAAUAUUUUCACACAGUCAAAAUGUUAAAAUCAACUAUAGAUCUCACAUACCACAGUAAGAUAGUGUCAAGGUGUAGUAUCAAUGUACUGGUUGGGAAAUUUAUUUUGCUGCUAUCAGUAAUAUCUAAAACAAUGUACAAAUUUUAAACGUAUGUAUGCGUUAAAGUCAACCAGCUGAAGAAAAUUUUAAAGUUAGUUCCGUCAUGGACUCGUUUUUGUUUACAUUUGUUUCUUGUUACCUAUAUCAAUACCGGUACUAUUUUUACCAAAUUAAACUAUCUAAGUAUAAACAAUAGCUCUUCCUCUGGCUUAAACCCAAAAUGUUUAGACCAAAUCAUAAAAUAAGAGGAAAAACAUUUCUUUGACACUAGCGCUCAGUGUCACCAAAAUGAACUACAUCAAACAAGCUUCAGAUUCUACAAUGGGAUGAGAAGUCUACUUGUGUUAUUUAUUCUAUGAUUGAUCCUUUUAUUCCAAAUGCUAAACUACUCAGGGCAAGUUUAUAAGCUUAGCUGUCAAGUAAACAUGCUUGCCUAUUAAUAUAUAGAUAGAUUGCAGUAAAGUAACUAAUCAUAAAAAAACAUACUCUGGUUAGGAAAUUUUUAAACAUAAAAAAUGAAAUGCCAUUAACAGAAGUUGAUCUACCCCCAGACAUAUAUAGGGUUCAAAAGGAGCAAUUACAGCUUAUUUUGUCGAAAUUUAACAUAAAAUAUAGGGAUGAGGACCUUGUAGCCGAAUUGAGACCCAUUGUAGCUGACCUUAAAGCUUUUGUAAAAAAUAAUUGGUCUGAAGAGAAAAAGUUUAUCUUAAAGAAACUUUGGAGUAAAAGAUGUCUUUCGGAAGCUGAACUGUUAAUACACCCUUCAUUGAAUCGCAUUCACAAAUUUAUAAGUGAUAGGGAAAACUUGUAUGACACCCCAGCUAGUGACAGUGAGGAGGACGAAAAUUACGAGGACAUUGACAUAGCAUCAGAGGACUUAGGAGAGAUCCAAUUAGCCGGCACAUCUUUAAACGUACAUUUACCACAACCCUUAAACAAUACAGUCUGUUACGUAAAUCAGCCACCUUUAGCAAACAAUAUGAGAAAACCGAAAGAAAAUUUACCAUUAAUUUCUACUGGUACAUACCACGGUGUAGUCACGGAAAACCCCAGCGAUUUCAUAGAUAAAUACGAAAUCGCAGCUCAAUCAAACAAUUGGCAGGAAACUUCAAAAUUAAAUUUAUUCCCAGCCCACUUAGCGGGAACUGCACUCACUUGGUACCAACACUACAUGAAAGGGAGAUUAAUUGAUAGUUGGGAUGAACUUAAAAACACCUUUAUAAGUACAUUCACACCCGUUGCACAAGCUCAAACAAUUCAAAACAUUUUGGAUAAAAAAGUACAAGGGCAGGAUCAGCCGGUGCUGACGUAUUACUUAGAAGUACUAACACUAUGUAAACGUCAUGACCCCGAAAUGCCGCACGUGUGGCAUACAACAGUGGGAAUUCAAGCAGCGUAAAAAUAAGCUACAUUUUACCGCGUGAAAAAACGCCCGUGUGGCCGUGGCCUUAAAAGAAGUGAUUUACUCAAAAUAGAAACUAGUAAAAAGAAACAGAACUUUGAAGGAACUUUUGUACAGAAAGUAUUCUGAUUAAGUAUCAACAAGGAAAAAUUGACCUAUAUUACCAUUCCAAAAUAAUACUUAGCAUUUAAUUACUUGUUUUCAGUUAACCUAUUUUGUAAGUGGAAUAAAUAUAGUGCGUUAUAGCAUUUAAACUUUUAAAAAUAAACAUAAGUGUAAGUGUUAUCUGUGAUUUCUUUAAGUAGAUGUUCUAGUUAAAUCUUAGUGCCUUAAAGAAGUGAAAAUAAUGGUGCCUUGGAAUAAAGAUUUAACAGUAGUACAUUCUGUCUCUUUACAUACUUAUACUUGGGUAUUUUAGUGUUUUAAUGUGUAUUUUACUGUAGAAUUUCUUCCAACAAGCAUUUUCUAGCCUUAGGUAAUUUUUUCAUGUAAUAUUUUCACACAGUCAAAAUGUUAAAAUCAACUAUAGAUCUCACAUACCACAGUAAGAUAGUGUCAAGGUGUAGUAUCAAUGUACUGGUUGGGAAAUUUAUUUUGCUGCUAUCAGUAAUAUCUAAAACAAUGUACAAAUUUUAAACGUAUGUAUGCGUUAAAGUCAACCAGCUGAAGAAAAUUUUAAAGUUAGUUCCGUCAUGGACUCGUUUUUGUUUACAUUUGUUUCUUGUUACCUAUAUCAAUACCGGUACUAGUUUUACCAAAUUAAACUAUCUAAGUGUAAACAAUAGCUCUUCCUCUGGCUUAAAACCAAAAUGUUUAGACCAAAUCAUAAAAUAAGAGGAAAAACAUUUCUUUGACACUAGCGCUCAGUGUCACCAAAAUGAACUACAUCAAACAAGCUUCAGAUUCUACAAUGGGAUGAGAAGUCUACUUGUGUUAUUUAUUCUAUGAUUGAUCCUUUUAUUCCAAAUGCUAAACUACUCAGGGCAAGUUUAUAAGCUUAGCUGUCAAGUACGGCACUUAACUCCUGAAUUUGACGUCAUCAAAAGUCAAGAUCAAUACUAUUGUGAGCACACUUGGAUAGCGUUUACAGUCUCAUUUCCUUCUAAUGCCUUCUAAUGCCGCAGGUGAAUGGCGUGUAAAGUCACUGGAUAAACUUUUUCCAGAGCAUUUUAAUAGCAGCUUAUGAGCCAGUGCAGUAAGUACACUGGGCUAGUUUUUCAGCUGUGCGUAAAAAAGCUGGUGUGUAAACUCGGCCUGUACAAUCGAGCCUUUGCUCAACUCUUUCUUAGCACGAGUCUAUGGCG